CACGCGUGUUGUACAUGUACUUGACUUCGUUCGCGUACUUUUGAAAAAAUUCUGAAGCCUUGAAAUCACCGAUAUACACCAAUCACUUCGAGAAACUUUUUAAAGGAAGUGUCUUAGAUAUAGGAGCCUUCCUUUGCAAGUAGAUCACCAUGAUUACUUGCUUGGUCGUGCUAGCGAUCGAGAUACUGCACAUCGCAGCGCCAUGGGUGAAGGACAGAUUGGCUGGCUCCUCAGAACCUAUUGAUGAAAACACCGAGGCUGAGCCCGAACCCAAGCCUGAGCCCCAGCCUACCACACCCAAAGUCGGCAAGCUCCGACUGACCAACAGCCAUCGCCUCAUCCUGGACAUGCAUAUAUGCCACCACAAGACCAACCAAACGGUGCUGAAGGUGAAGGAGGCUAUGGUUUUCGGCUCGGCCGUCGAGGCUGAGUCCGCUGAGAUCGAGCGACAAAUGGCCAGGGAGAGGCGGCAAGUCGCCGUGGAGAAAUCGGGCCUCGAAGCCGAGAUGACAACGGAAAAGGCAGAGGUUGUUGCCAAGAUAGAGGGCGCCCAGUGUUACAUGACCGAGAGUCUAGCACCACAGCAAAGUCGACUCCGCGCCCAAGCCUCGCAGAUCAAAGGGGAGAUGUCGCUGAGGAUGGACGAGUACGAUGGCGUGAAGCAGGCCAUCGAGAACAAGAAAAUCCUAGAUGCGGGAUACAGGAAGCAAACUGCCGACACGGAGAGGCUGUUCAAGGUGAAAUCCGCCCACCAGGUCACCGAGAAAGCCAUCAUGAACAAGCAGGAAAAGGAUCUCACUGCACAUAUCAACAAGCUGGAGAAACGGAUGUCCACUGUGACAUCAUAUCGCCUGCCUGCUGUCAACCUGAAGAAACUGAAUAUGCACAACGAGGAGGCAGAGCUGCAUAGGGCAACUGACGAGUACAAGUGUAGCGGGAUUCCUCGGAAUCAACUCAUCAUUGCUAGGGGGCGUCAUUACGGAACAAUGCUCGCUAACUUGGUUUUUACCGCACUUCUGCUGGUCUUCAACAUUGGAAUCUUCUCAGCUGCUUUCAAAUUGGACUUGAUGGACCAACUUAUGGCCCACAUCAUGUAUUAAAGAUGAUCUGAUCCGGAAACCGUCGGUGGAAAUUUGUCGUGGAGGGUCUGUGAGGAUCACAGCAUGGAAGGCCGUCUCGUUUUGGUGGCAUGGGGGUUGUUCUGGCAAGGACCGGUGGGAGAAUGCCUGAAGUUGUGUUCAGUCUGCUCUGAUUAUCUUCAAGAGAAGUGCAGGACUCAGAAUGGAUGCUGGUUAAGGAGAAAGUCUGGUGCUUGGCAGGGUGCAACAAUGAGAAAGCUGACGCCGGGACUUUUGGAUGGGGGAGAGGUAUGUUGGCUCACUGAACUGUGGAAGGUGGAGACCAGCCUUAGUGGCGAAGGGCGGCUGGGAGAAUGGUGCUUCGGAGGUGGCACUUGGCUGGAAAUCGAUGUCUAAUGGUUGAGGUGCGAUGCUUAUGAGGAUCUUGAUGGCUUCCUGGAUGUGCCCUGCUUGCCGGUUGGGAAUGGUUGAGAUAUGAGCUCUGCUUCCUGUCAGUUGUUGCAGUCGUCAGAUUGCUGGGAUCAUCUGACAUUGGCUAGCUCGUCAGACUCUUCUGUGGAGUAAAGUGACCGGCUGCAGAUCACAAGGAAAACAAAGCCCGUUGAAAGACGCGAGGAGUCUGACAAGUCAGCCAUUAUCAGACUGUUCUUACUGAUCUGGUGACCGCAUCGUCUGUCAAGAAGCACAGCUCGUCAUCCCCCUCCAUCCCCUACCGGGUCACACGACGCACCCAAGAAGCCACUGACAUCCUCAAGCUUCACGCCAUACCAAGCGGCAUCGCUUCCCAGUGGAGUGACUUCCGACGCCAAUUUCUCCCUAGCUUCCCCUCUCUACCAGCGCGAGUUUCCCACACAGCUCAUUCAUCACACACACCUCUGCCUCACUCCACGAACUCCAGGGUGAUCCUUCUUAUCCUCACACCUCGCCGAGCACUGGAGCUUCCAACUUGAUCAUCAUCCACUACCAAGUCCUGCACAUCUCCUGAACACGAUCCGAACAUACUGAUCGAAACGUUGAGUGUUUUCUUUCCAGUUCCUCUCAGGAAAAUUCUCUUCCCACUUAAAGGGGGUGUUUUUCCAUGGCUCUACCGCAACCCGUCCACAGUUUGCUCAUACACCAUGCAAAAUCUACAACAAGAAAAUACAAUUAGACUUACGAAACCUUCACCGGAAUUGUACAAUUGUAAUUUAUUCUUAAAAAACUCUUAAUUCGUUGCUGCAAGCAAUUAUUCAGUUUUAUUGUAUCAAUAUUUAGUUUUCAUGACAAGCACCAAAUCAACUCACUUGUUUAUUUUCUGGUGCACUGGAUGAAGCUGACUUGGAUUUACUUGGUCUCUUAUUGACGUAUCAACAUAAAGAGAAUCAGAAACCGUAUCAUUUUUUUUCAUUGAUUACUUGUUUGAAAACAACAUCAAAGCAAACAUUUUAAACGUCGUGAUUUAAAUUGAAAAUAUAUCAAGUUAUUACCAAAUGGAUUUGCUUCUGCUGUUGAUGACGGGUUAACUAGAUAUAACUGUCAAUAUUUCACUGAAAGUCAUUUGUAUAAAAAUAAAAUAAAAAAAA